UGUAUCAACUAAAGUGUAACGAAAAUUGCGUUCGGAGUGACGUUUAAAGUGAUGUGAUGUGACAGAUUGAAAACGUCGUGCGACAGAGAUACAAUCGAUAAUGAUUGAAAAUCAUGCAACUGAUGAGAUGUGGAGUUCAGUGGAGAGCGGCGGCACCAAUGGUCGCGCAGCGCCGUGUGCGCGCGGCAAGCACUCGGCGACGCUGCUGGGCGGGCACGUGUAUGUGCUGGGGGGGCGCGGCGCCGGCGGUGCUGUGCCUCUCCGGGACUUUUGGAGCUACAGCCUUGCUACCGGUAAAUGGGAGAAGCUGGAGUGUCGGGGCGACCCUCCCCCCUCUCUGCAGGAGCACAGCGCCACGGCGCACGAGAACAAGCUGUAUGUAUUCGGAGGCGAAGCCGGUGCCCUCUCCAACGAGACUCCACUCUGGAUAUAUGACACAGAGACACAAGUAUGGCGCAAGCUGCCGGGCCAGUCGAACUACACGAGCACACUGAGACGGCGCAGCCCGCGGGAUGCCCGGGGCGCCGCGCUCGGGCCGCGCGGCCGCCGCGGACACUCCGCGCAUGCACUCAAGGACUGCCUGCUCAUAUACGGUGGAUACAAGGACCUCCGGGGUUCUACGCACGAACUCUGGGCGUUUCAUUACGAAUCGGAGUCGUGGCACCAGGUGCGCACGGCGAGCCCGGGCCCGGCGCGGCACCGGCACGCGGCCGCGCUGCACGACAACCGCCUGUACGUGCACGGCGGGCAGUGCGACCUGCGGGACUGCGCCGACCUCUGGUACUACGACACCAUGUCCCGCGUAUGGAGCCAGGUGCGCACGCCUGCCAAGCUGGCGCCGAGCGCACGCAGCGGCCACGCGGGACUGCGCGCCGGGGCGCAUCUCUACAUCUUCGGCGGCGAGACACAUGGACACUCCACCAACGAGCUCUGGAGAUUCCACUUCGCCACAGAAACAUGGGAGCGAAUAGUUCAGAGUCUGAAAUGGCCGUCCCCUCGUGUAGACAGCUGCGCGCUGCUGAUCCCCGCCGCUCCCCCGCGCGUGCGCUCGGCCCCCGCCAACAGGCUCGGCCCCAACAGGCACUCGAUGAGCUCGCGCCCCGACCCACCCGCCAGUCUGCUCAAAGAGAUCUCCAAGUUGUCCUCAUUCCACAUCCGGAGAGCUGCUCGGUGCUCGUACAGCGUGCUGGCCGGAGAGAGAGACUCCACGGAGAGUCUCGUGCGACAGGAGGCCGCUGCAUUGUCCAAGUCACACUCCGCGUAUAUUAUAGACAAGCGACAGCCCGCAGAUGGCGACGAGAGCCCCCGAGAAGGUGAUGUUCCCGAGUUUAGAUCAGAAAUGUCUCGAGAGCCAAUUUCAGUUCCCGACUUUGCUGAUAUGAUUCUGCCCACACCAGUCUUAUCUCCAGUAGAAGCUACUAAGCUGGUGUAUCUCGAUUCGGAAGAUGAAGAAGAUAUGAAGCGUGAAAUUAGUAACAUGAAGAAAAAAGACGGGAUCACAUCAGUGAAGCUCGACGGCAAGGUCACCGUGGUCACGAUCCCUAAGUCGGCAUCCGUCCGGUUCACUAAGGACACGAUAAUCACUGACGAGGAGGACACGGAACUGUCCACGUCUGACUACGCGAGUGCGGAGCGUGUCAACCGACUCUCUGGUAAUUCGUUAGGGUUCAGCAAUCCUCAUUAUUUAGGACCUGACGUGAGAAAUUUAGGAGCAGCGUUGACUCCAGAUUCUGGUGUAGGUCCUGGAGAUAUUGAGCUGCAGGAUUUAGGCGAGAGACGUGCCAGAAGUGUGCCAAGAAACGGCGAGACUCAAUUGCAUCUGCUGCUAGUGGGUGGCAAGGAGCCCCCCCACCUCGCCCUGCUCCAGAACCCGCUGUCCAUGUGGACCUACAGGUUGUUGUAAUUAGUGACUCGUUAGUUUAGAUCUUCGUCCAUUAGCGGAACUAGGGUCCUCCAGGGCUGAACGUAGCCGUCGAUUUGGCGUUUCCAAUCACAUUUAUUUUUAUGGCUCUAAAAAUAUUUUAACAAAAUGAUCUUUAUGUAAAUAAUUUUAAAGUUGAGAAUCAUGUGAACGUGCUUUUCGAAUCGUUGACGUCCAAAUUAUUGAUGUAAAGAAAAUACUUAUGAGCUGAGGCUUAGUUUAGGUAGUUACAAGGUGUAGGUACCUACGACUACGUGUUCGCAUUUAUACUAAAAGUACUUACUCAGACAUAGUAACGAUAACGCGGAAUAUUUAUAAUUUUAUAUGAUUAUACACAAUGUCCUCGACUCUUCCAAGAAUGUCUGCCCAGUUAAUUAAUCUGGUAGUCUGUCUGUCCACGUUACAGUUCUCUGUUCAUGCACCAGCACCAUGUGAUUCGUGUUGGUGCUGCGUUGUCGUUACUGUAUUAGUCCGUCGUGUAGCUACUAUACUAUAUGGGUACAAUGAGUGCCAAUUCAAGUAUUCUUAGAUGUAACCCACAUUUUGAUGAAGUAGCACAAAUGUGGUGAACUCCGAGGUCGUGUGGCAGCCACGUGCGAUAACGAUACUAACUUUUAUUGGAACACCUAUAGACUAAUAGACCUAAUCCUUUACCUACUUAGUAAACAGGAAUAAUACGCAUCUGGUGUUGCGGGUGUCCAUAGGCGGCGCGGAUUGUUUACCAUCAGGUAAUCCGAUUGCUCGUUUUCCGGCUUAUCCUUUAAAAAAAUAUUGACCUACCUAUAUUAUGCAAUGUAUACAAAGUAGGUAAUUCUGUAGUGCAGCUGAGCAGAUACUUGAUCUGUAAAUAAUGACCUAGUACUGUAUCGGAGGAUCAAAAGCUGUGAUAUAUUGUUUAUCUUGCUCGACUACUAUAUGUAUGUACAACGUCGUAUCGCACGCAUGCGUCCUGCAGACCUAGCGCUGAUUUAUAAUCUGUGGUAUUAACAAAUAGUCUCCUAAUAAUAUUAUUGUUUUAAGUUUAAGUUUACAUUGAUGUGCAUGCAAUACGUUGUUUGUUAUAUCUCUUAAGUUUUUCAACGUUACUCAGUUGUUUUAUAUUUUUAUUGUUUUUCUAUAUUAUUAUUAAUGACUUGUUUUGUACUUAGAAGUUUUAACAGAUUACAAACAUUUUUUCGGAACAUAAUGUUGAAAUGAGAUAUUACGCGACGACCCGAUAUUAUUUAGCAUAGACGGUAAUCAUGCAACCUUUGGUCGAAAAUGUUUAUGAGAAUUUACAUAUGUAUGUGUGGGCACAAAAAAACUUCCAUAGUGACUUCAAGGACAGUAGUCAGUCUACUAGCUCGACUACCUGUAGCAAACCAUGUGAAUGUCACCACUGCCCUCUGACAUCAGAGAAUUUAAUGUUUUAUAAAUUACUAUUAAACUUUGGACUGUGUUCUUCUUGGAUGUAGAAAAACCUUGAAAGAAAAACUAACUUGUUGUGCUGUUUCUACUUUCUAAGAUGAGGCAACAUUUCAAGGCAAUGGACUGCAGGUGUGGCCAGGCGCGAGUAAAGUAAAAUAUUUAGUAGAUUUUUAAGUACAAAAUAUUAUCUAAUUGUAGCGUAAUUCGCUGCUCAAUGCUCAUGAAUAUAAGUCCCAGAGUGACUUGAAACUGGUAGAAGUUUUCUCCAAUGUAUAAUAAAUUAAUUGUACUAUGGGCCCCCGGCCGUACCUGCGUCCCUGCCGGUGGCCAGUCACUAGCUUACCCAGUACUGUACUGUGUGGUAGUACUAGUAGUUACGGACUCGUAGCCUGUACUCGCGGAGUGCGCGCCGCGCGGAGCGUUGGGCGUUGCUAAGACUGAGUAGUGUGUAGCGGUUACAUUGCGUUAGGUACUGUACUCAUGUCUCUCAAAUUAAUCACAUAAAUAAAAGCUACGACCGUCCGGGCAUUUUCUAAACUAUAUGGUCAGAUGUCAGCACUCGUUGGUUUAGACUGAAUAAAAAAUAUAUACUUAAACCAUUCGAAUCUCUGCCCUUUUAGGUGUUUUACACAUACAUACUGCGGUUGACGAGCUCGUGACUAUAGCCGCGACUAUUUGAUUUCGUGUGACAAUUGCUAUUGGUAGCGACCAAGAUUUCUUGUAAGAAACAUUGUGCCUACCUGCUCAAUAUGUCUGCUCGGACCGGCAGACUGUUGUGAAUACGCUGCAUCACCUGGCCGGGUCCCAUUCAAGUACAAUAUUCGAAAUGUUAAUAAACGUAGCUAUGUCCAUGUCACUCUUUUAUUUUAAUCCCAUCAACCCUAGUAGCUGCCGUUCCGUUUUAUAAUAUUUUUGCGUUACCUAUAUCACAAUAGCAAACGUCGGCUUCGUCAAGUCUAAGCUCAUAAUCUAUUCGCGUAACACAUAACGCUUAUUCACGAAUAAAGUCAGUUAGAAAUGAAACGACGCUACUUCAUGUAAGUCACUUUAUUCAGAAGGCUACAGUCAUUACAUUAAGAAUUCAUAUCAUUACUACAGUAAUAAAAUUGAGGUUAGAGAAAUUACAACGGCAACAAUUAUAUAAAACAUACAAACGUAUGAAAUGUCAAACAUUACAUUGUGUCAAUAAAUCUGUGUGGAAACUAGUAAACGAUGAAAAACAUAAAAAUUGCUAAGUUAUGUUCAUUGGCAACAUUUAUAUCCACUGAAUAAAAUAUUGGCAGGAAAAUAAAUGAAUAAUAACCACUUAUUUCAUAGAGCUACAUAAUUCAUUUGCAUACAAUAGGAAAUGACAAACAUUCAUAGAGAUUAAUAUAAUUUGAUGGCGGUUUCCACCCUUUAAUACAUUUAGCAGUAGUAGCCGCGUAGUGGCGCGCUCGCCACUACUCCCCGCGGUCAGCCUCUACGCCCAAUUGGAUCAACAAAUUUCUAUAAACGUCAUUGAAUAAUGCUAAUAUUGAAGGUAUAAAUUGCAACAAACAUAUGUACUGACUCAAAUACACGGCGAGCCAAGCCGAGGAUGCAUACAUGGACUAUUGAAGUGACAAAGCAAUCGUACACUACGAGAAGAGAGUUUUAGUUGAAAGUAUUGUUUUUGUUGUCCCGAAUGGAUAGUUUCAAGAGAUACUCGUCUAGCAUGGCGGCGUGCGACAUGCCGGGCGCGGCGACGAGUGGCGGCGGCGGGGCGCGCCGCUACUGGCCCGCGCCCGCGCCCGCCCCCGCCCCGCGCCCGCCCCCGCGCUCGCGCCCUCCGGGUACACGACGCCAAACAAGGACGUGCACGCUGCCUUGGCCGCCAACUUGCGCGCCUCCUUCUUGUUGGGGGCUG